AUGCCCAAGCCGAAGCGCCUCAAAGGCAGCGCCGCGGCGUCAGCCAAGAAAGACAAGGCCGUGACCAUCGAAGCCUCCACCCCAUCUACCGGCAAUGAUGCCUCAGCGACGACUACGACGACGAGAGUCCCUGGCGAAGCGCACCAGGAUAACCCAUGGGCGCCCUUGGCGCGGAAGCAUUGGUUGAAGCCGAGCAAGUCGGGCAAGGUCAAGGUGAAGAAUGAUGUGGUGAAGACUGAGCUAUGGGAUGUUUUGGAGGGGGAAGGGUUUAGGUAUUCGUCGGUGCUGGCGCUGGAGAAUGUGCAGGCACUGGAGGGUUAUCUGUGGCCCGGAUUCGGGGAGGAGGCAUCGAAUUAUCAUGUGUUGCUGAUGGUGUUGCUGGUUAAUGCGAAGAAGAGGGAGCAGUUGGAGACGUGGAGCAUAUUCGAAGACAGACCCGAUGACUUCUCGGCCCUUUUCCGACGAGUACUAUCGCUGCUCCUCGACCAGACGCUAUCCUCGAAGAUCCGGACGAGUCUUUUGUGCUUCCUGAUAUUCGCGUUUCAGAGUCUCGAUAGUCUUAUUGUGAGGAAAGAAUGUGUGCCGCUGGUAUCCAUCUCUAUAUGGCACAACUUGUCCACCGAAGAGCUGCGGGAUGCGAAGCUGUCGCUGCACAAUCCUCUGAAGAAGGCAUGGAGGGCGUCUGUCAAGAGAUAUGAUGCUGCGGAUGAUGCGACCAAAGCUCAUGACGUCCUGUACUGCGAGCGAUUCACCGAGUUCCUCGCCGACCUCCAGAGCCAGCUGCCGACCCGACGAUACGUAAAUGCCCUCCUCCAAGACCUCCACAUCGUUCCCGCCGUUCGACUAUCCGCCAUGUACAACGACGAAGACAAUUCCCUUCUCCGCGACCUCUUUUCUCUUCUCAGCCACUACACCUUCUUCCCCAUCGACGACCACACCUUCGUGCAGUACAACUCAACCGAGGCGUACGAGAGGCACUGCGCCGCGCUCAGACGGCUCCAACGCAUUUCCAUGAAGCACUUCGAAUCCAAGCUGAAGCUACUCGCCCUAUCCAACUUUGCGGCCAUCGACAAGCGGGACGAGCUCGCUCCCCUCCUCGAGCCGCUCACGGACGACGAACUCGUCGAGCUGGCCAAGAAGCUCCAGCUCAGAGUGGACUACCCAGGCCCGCGCAUUUUCGAAGUGGACCGCGCCUUCCUGAUGGAGGUCCUGCUGUCCGCCUACGAGCGGCGCAAGUCGUUCCAGGAGGCGACGCGGGAUAUGAGUGUUCUCCCGACGGAGCAGACGCUCUUCGACAAUAGCCAGAUUCGGUCCGACGACUACGACGGGUCGCGGCCGCUGGCGUUGCCGAAGAUGAAGUUACAGUACCUGUCUGUGGGCGAUUUCCUUUGGAGGUCGCUCGUGCUGUAUCGUGGGGAGUCGUUCCAUGGGGUUCGUGAGAGUAUCCUUGCUGCUUUGAGGCGGCUGAAGCCGGAGGUGGGUAAGGAUGGGGGUGUCUGGUUUGGAGGGCAGUCGAAGAUGGCUCUUCCGACUUCGAAGCCGACUAUCCUCGAGGUUGCCCCGCCCAAGAUUGGCGAGGUGGAUCCAUCUAUCGUCAGGGCAGAAGUUACACUCGAAUUCCGACGUCUUCCCGGCCACGUUAGACGGGAUUGGGAUGCCCUGCGUCCUGAUGACGUCGUAUUCUUAUUGAACAUUGCUCCGCCUCCAGGCAAAUCAUUGAUGAAUGGAAGCACCACAGAGCUGACGCCUGCUGAAAAGCAUGGCAUCGUCACGGUUCGCGCCGCCGAGGUGAUUCAGAUUACGGAUGAUAAGGGAAAACUAAUCAGGGACGCUGGCGGUUUCGAUGGGCGGCGCCGUAUUCAGCUUAAGCUCGAUCCGCGAACCUUUUCCAAGGAUGCCGCGAGACUCGCAGCUGGCAAGGGGGAUGUCUACGAGGGGAUCAAUGUCGUUCUCCGCCGGCACAGCCGAGAAAACAACUUCAAGGCCAUUCUCGAGUCCAUCCGGGCUCUUACCCUUUCGGAGGUGCCACUGCCAUCGUGGCUUCACGAGGUCUUCCUCGGCUACGGCGAUCCGGCUGCGGCUACGUACCGCCAGCUGCCGAACCGUAUCAAGUCUAUCGACUACCGGGAUACGUUCCUAGACUGGCAGCACCUGAUUGAAAGUUUACCGGGAAAGAUUAUCGAGCCUGACGAUGACGUAUCGGGAAGCUUCCCGCCUCCUUACGUCCUCGAGUCGGUCGACAGGCCACAGGAGCCUGCUGAGAAGCCGUCCAAGAAGCGUAGAAGAGGGGUGGAACCUGAGCUCAUUGCGGACGUGGAAACGCUCAAGGUAUCGACCUAUAAGCCGCCCAACCUAGGGCCGUACCCUACGGACGCGCCCAAGUUGAACACGGUUCGGUUCACUCCGGCGCAGACCGAGGCCAUCCUGUCCGGGACGCAGCCAGGCCUCACGAUCAUCGUCGGACCUCCCGGCACGGGCAAGACAGACGUCGCCACCCAGAUCAUCAACAACAUCUACCACAAUUUCCCCGAGCAGAAGACGCUGCUGAUCGCGCAUAGCAACCAAGCGCUGAACCAGCUAUUUGCGAAGAUUGUGGCGCUGGACAUUGACGAGAGGCAUCUCUUGCGUCUGGGCCACGGCGAGGAGGAGCUGCAGACGGAGGGGAGCUUCAGCAAGCUCGGCAGGGUUGAGUCGAUCAUGGAGAACCGCGACAAGUAUCUCCUUGAGGUCAGCAAACUUGCCGCUAGCAUGGGAGCUCCUGGAGCGCAUGGCAACUCUGCCGAGACAGCGGGCUACUUUAACUCGGUCUACGUGGAACCGGCGUGGAAAAGGUUUUCGGAGGUCCUUAAGAAGAAGAAGGAAGACGGGCAGGAGAAUGAGGAGGAUGGUACUUCUUCGGCCGAGGACAUUGCCAAGGCCUUCCCGUUCCACGACUACUUCUUAGACGCGCCGCAGCCACUGUUCCCCGAGGAUGCGGAUCGCGAGACGGUCGUAGAGAUUGCCGAAGGGUGUUACAGGCACAUUACCAAGAUUUUCGCCGAACUCGCGGAUAUCCGGCCGUUCGAGGUGCUACGUCGGGACAGGGACAAGUCCAACUAUCUGCUAACGAGCAAGGCGCGCAUUAUCGCCAUGACGUCGACGCACGCGGCCAUGCGCAGAGGCGAGAUCGCGUCGCUAGGAUUCCAAUACGACAACGUGGUCAUGGAAGAGGCGGCGCAGAUUACGGAGAUUGAAAAUUUCAUCCCUCUCGCCAUGGCGAACAAGCCCAAGAAUAACAACAGCAAACUUCAGGGCAAGGCGUCCAGUCGGCGACUCCAGCGCGUAGUCCUCUGCGGCGACCACUUGCAGAACUCCCCUGUGAUCCAGAACCUCGCCUUCCGGAACUACGCCAACAUGGAGCAGUCCCUCUUCUCGCGGCUUGUGCGUCUCGGCGCGCCGACGAUCAACCUCGACCUCCAAGGCCGCGCGCGCCCCUCCAUCGCGUCCCUCUACAGCUGGCGGUACAGCAAGCUCGGCAACCUCCCGCACGUCGAAGCGGACGAGGAAUUCCGCACCGCCAACGCCGGGUUCAGGUACGAUUACCAGUUCGUCGACGUGGGCGACUACCACGGCAAGGGCGAGUCGGAACCCACGCCGCAUUUCAUCCAGAACCUCGGUGAGGCGGAGUACGCCGUCGCCAUUUACCAGUACAUGCGGUUGCUGGGGUAUCCGGCGGAGAAGAUUACGAUCUUGACGACGUAUGCGGGGCAGAGGGCGCUGGUUAUGGAUGUGCUUGGGCAUCGGUGUAGGAGGCAUCCGGUUUUUGGGAUGCCGGGUGCUGUUGCUACGGUGGAUAAGUAUCAGGGCGAGCAGAAUGAUUACAUCAUCCUCUCCCUAACGCGAACCAAGAAAGUAGGCUACCUCCGCGACGUGCGCCGUAUGACGGUAGCCCUUUCCCGCGCGCGCCUAGGUCUCUACGUACUGGGUCGCAAGGAGAUUUUCGAGUCGUGCUACGAGCUGAGGCCGGCGUUCGAGCAGCUCCUUAGACGACCGGAUAAGCUUAUGCUCGUGACGGGGGAGCUGUGGCCGUCAAAGAGGGUGCUUGCAGAUGAGGAGGCAGCGGCGGCGGAGGAAGGGGGCACUGGUGGUGGUGUUGAGGGAGAGGUUGCCAUGGAGGGGGUGGAGCAUUUGGGGCAGUAUGUUUUUGAGAUGACGGGGACGAAGAUGAAGGAGUUGGGGGAGGAGAGGGGGGCGGAGGUUGUGGAGGGGCUUGAGGAGGAGGUGGAGGGGUUUGUGGAGGAGGAUGAGGAAGGGGUUGAUGGUGGAGUGGGGGAGAAUGGGGAGGAUGAGGAGUAG